AUGACUCCAACGAUAGCACCAGAAUCACACGAUGGCUUCAGCGACGAUUCAAACAAAGCACCAGAAUCACACGACGGCUUCAGCAUGACUUCAACGAAGGCAUCAGAAUUACCCAAAGACUUAAGUAACGACUCCAAUGACGCACCCGAUAGCACCAAAAUCACACGACAGCUUCAGCGACAACUCAAACGAACACACCAGAAUUACACAACGACUUAA